AUGUCAGUUUUCUUACGUGGCAUGCAACCGCAGAAUGGUUUUACUGCCAAAACGAUACGAUUUGUGGAACAUUGCAAAGCAUUGCAAAUUGGAUGGACACAUAAUAAACUUAUAAGUCAAGGUGUUGAAGAGUUUGUGGAAGAGUAUUUGCCAUGGAUAAGAAGAAAUAAUCCAAAUCUUGAAAUAAGAUUAUUUCGAACUCAUGUUAACUGCGAUCCAUUUGUAAUUGGAAUCUAUGAACACUGUCGCCUGAGAAAGCGGCGAUGUGCCUGGAAGACCAAGCAUCAAGUGUUAUCAUUUGUAGAAGAAAUGGCUAUCGGUGGAGAUUACGUUAAAGGUAGGAAGCGAGGAGUGAAAACGAUAUUACCACGUGGCUUACAGCUGUGGAGUACGGAAACAAUUGGGCAUGAUGUAUUUAAAACUGAAUGUUGUGAAGAAGAUCCUGAUAAUGUAGGCGAAGUAAAUCCUGAUAAAGUAGACGAAAAAGGAAGUACAUCAGUUGCACAAAAUGAACAUGAUGAAAUUAUUGCUACGGAAAAGGUCCUCAAUGCAAUGCUAUUUUAUCGACGUUAUGGAAUUACCAGAAUUCGCAUGAGUAUAUCCUCGUUCCAAAAACUCUCAGAAGAACAACAGGCGGCACUUUCUCCAGCUUAUCAGUAUCACCUUGUUAAAAUGAAAGAAUGCAUUAUUCACAAUCAAAAGGUAUUGAAAGAGAUAAUAGAAUGCGGAAUAAACAUGUUAGGAGAUGAUUUUGCUUUACGUGCUGCUGCUCAGGUGACACAGUUAAGACCAUCCAGUGAUCACUACAUGUCGAAAGUGAGAAGCACCCUGAAACAAAUUAUGAGGGAUUGGAGCAUUGAAGGUGAAGCCGAACGGGAAAGUUGCUAUAGCGAUGCAGUGCAAAUUUUAUGUAAACGCUUUCCGGACAGAGAAAGUCGAUCGGACGUCGGAGUUCUGAUUCCGGGAGCUGGACUGGGACGAUUAGUUUGGGAGCUUGUUAGCGAAGGGUUCUCGGUCCAAGGAAAUGAAUUUUCGAUUUUAAUGUUACUCACAUCAAAUUUUAUCCUUAAUAAUUGCAAACAGGCAAACGAAUAUAAGAUUUAUCCUUUUGUUUUGGAUACAUGCAAUAAUUGGUCGUACGGAGAUCAGCUAAGAGCAGUACGCUUCCCAGAUGUGUGCCCUGCUAUGCCUGACAGUAGAUCAAAUAGUUUUUCAAUGUGUGCGGGUGAUUUCCUAGAAGCAAUGAAAAAUGAUACAGAACGAUGGGAUGUUGUUGUAACGAUUUUUUUUAUCGAUACUGCAAUCAAUGUACUCGAUUAUAUUGAUACGAUUCAUAAGAUAUUGAAAAAAGAUGGUCUGUGGAUCAAUUUCGGACCACUUACCUUUCAUUUCGCUGAUGGAGAAGCUGAGGGUGCUAUAGAACUACCAUAUGAUUCAAUUAUUCAAUAUAUUACGAAGAAAAAUUUUAAGUUCGAACGCGACGAACGGGCUGAUAAAUCCAAUCCUACAUUAUAUGCUUGCAAUCAGAAAUCGAUGUUACGUUAUCAGUAUAAUUGUGGAUUUUUCGCGACUGUACUUGAUAGUGAUUUUACUGAGAAAUAUAUGUGCAUCGGAUCACCAGGAGCCGUGUCAGUUGUGGAAAGUGAAAAGUAUUCAGCAACCCCACGAAAUAUCAGAACAAAUCGACACGACGCUCAUAUAAUACGGUGGCAACGUCUUAACGAUACCUCCGGUAGCCACAUUAUUUGCGCGUCUGCUCAAUUCUUCGAUAUCUUUGUUGUGAACUCUGAUUACUUGGGUUUGCUGGAUUCUACUUGUGCUCAUCCCUUCAAUUUGACGGAUGUUGAUUGGUGUCCAUAUGAUUCAAAUGCUUUGCUAUCAUGUUCAGUCGACGAUGCAGUGAAAUGUUGGGAUUUACGGGAUCUGCGAUGUCCUUCUUUACAAAUGCAAGUUAUUGGUGGAGCAGAGCAAGCGAAGUGGGCUCCACUAUCAGUCAAUUUGUUGUGUACUUCUCACGGUACUGAUCUACGACUAUGGGAUAAGAGGAAUGUGAGCUUACCCUUGCAAACUGUCCCAGCUCAUAUGCAAAAAAUUUCUUGCAUUAUGUGGCAUCCCACAACUGCGACAUAUUUUUUAACUGCUGGCUUGGAUGGCUAUAUCAAAAGUGAUGGAAAUGAAUUUGCAUCAAUACCAUUACCAAUGUAUGGUCAGUUAGAAGAAAGUUGUGCAUUAAGCUUAUGGAAAACCCGUACUCUUGCCAUCAUUCAAUGUGAAGAUGAUGUUCUGCUUGAUUUGUGUUGGCAAAGGUUCCGCAUGCAGAGACAUACUUACAGUUGCUUAUAUUCAGCAUCAAGAUAUGGCAAAUUACGAAAAUACAAUCUGCCAUUGUUCGAAGAUCUAUCUGAAGAAAAGAGUUGCUCUUCAAAAGUUGAUGAAAAUACCGAAAAUGCAUUUAUUCUUGAUGAAGAAAUGGAAGAAUCGAAAACAAAGGCGCGAGUUUUAUUAGCAAAUACCAGUAGCACCAGCAAGCUCAGUAAAUGGCCGUUAAUGAUGGAAACUAUAGAAAACGGAUUUUGUUUAACAGUGCCCAGACGUGUAGAUGUUCUGAUAUCUGAGUUGGUUCUUUUAAGGCGCAUGUACAGUGAAGAUUUAAUUGUUGAACAAUUUGAUGACGAGCAUAGUAUAAUAGCGUGGAGCAAAAAUGCAGCUUUAAAAUUUCGAAUUAAAAUUGCCUCGCCAUUGGAGGAGAGAAUGGAAGGAUUCACACAUAUAAUUAUCCAGAUUAUAAAUGAAGAAAGUUAUUUAUCGGUUGAUGAAGUUAAAACUGUUCUCAAGAAAUUAUCAGAUGAGACAGCGAGCAUAGAUAUAUCUUUUGAGAAAGAACCAAUUUUACCGGUUAUCCUACAAAAUUUGCUGAAAAUAAUAACUUCGUUGGAGAUUUUUCUUCCUCGAUCACUUGAUAUCCCACAGCGGCCAGAAAAUGUUGUCCAUUUUUGUGAAAGCGAAAGUGACCUACAUAGUGUCACACUAGAAACCAUUCCCGUUGCUCCACCAAAAAGUAUGCUAUCAUCACCAUUACUUUCAACUUCAUACGACUGUUGGAUACCAUCUCCUCGCACAUGUGGAGCAGAUUUUAAUGGCUCCGGAUUUCUGGUUAUCUUCGGACGAAACGAACUAGCGACACGACGUAUGCAAUCGAGUAAGAGUUCCUUUCAGGACGAAUCACUUUGGCUUUCAGCAGAACGGAUUACACAAGCUUCGAAAGGCACUGUUUCGAAGAAAGGUCCGUUCAGUUUAUUGGAUGAUGGGCAUGAAGCUGAUGAUAGACAGGUUAGUAGUACGCCACGUUCACUCGAUGAAUACAAACACGAGCUGCUAUUAUCUGUGGAAGAUAUGCACACUCGUUGUGGUCACGAAAACUGUAGUUCACCACAGUACCAAUCGGUCUCUGAUACUCCGUUUUUUUCCCGUAAUAUGACUUUCUUUCAUCAUAAAUUUGAUAUUUCAAGCAAUGGAGCAUCUUCACUACUAGGAAUGCAUGCAAGUAAUUCAUUAGCAAUGUUGAGUAAUACAUGUAGUAGUAGCAGUACCCAAAAUGUUCGAUCAUAUCGUCGUCGAGGGAAUUCAGGGACAAAUGUUCUCGCUGAUGAUCAUCAUCAUCUGGAUAGCUUUGCUCCAAUAUCCGUGGUUGUUAUUUAUGAUGUAUCAGUGCUCAUGUCAGUUAGCAAAAAUCUUGCUCGUAAAUACCGGCUUAUUGGUGCUAAUGCAUUAGAACUAUGUUUAUGGAAUCGAGAAGUAGUAAAGGAAGCAGGUCGCAAAGAUUUAGAAAACAUAUGGCAAAUCGUUGAGCUUUGUGUACGAAUGGGAAAAUCAAGUUGGCGAAAACAUUGUUUCUUUGAUCAAAGCAAAACACUAGCUAAUGUAUUGGAUCCCGAUUCAUCAGAAGAAAGUAUAUCGGAAGAAGAUAGUAUGGCAUUCGCAAUGCAUCCAUUCGGACGUUCACUAAUUAAUAGUUUAUUGGAUUACUUUGCGCGUAUCAAUAAUUAUCAGACUGCUGCAGUGAUAAUUUGCGUCUUAGGUUUGAGAAAUAAACGAUGCUUUGAAAUAGACGAUGAUAAUAUGGAAUCAUCGACUACCAUGAAGUGUACUGUUCAUCAUGGGCGUUCGUUUAGUACUUGUGAUACAAAUUUUGAUAGUUCAGUAUACAACACGACGAAUGCGAAUGUUAAAUUAGGCCCGGAUUUUCAGUUGUUACAACAAGAGAAGGAAAAAUCGGAUAUGAGAGAACAUCCGUCAUCAACAGCUUCUGCUUCGAAAACUGCUCGAAAGUUUUCUUCUUUAUUUCAAAACGCCUUAAUCAAUCACCGUUCAACACAGAUCCUCAAAAUAGAACAAGACAAUAGGACAUCGCGUAACCGUAUAACUAAUAUGUCAUUGAUCUCGAAUAUUGAACAGCUUAUGUGGGAUACCACGAAAAACAAAUUUAAUUUGUACAGCCUCUUGGAUCCUCUUUGCAACGAUCGGUUCGAUGAAGUACGUCAUCAGUAUGCCAGUUUACUAUUCAGGUGGAGAAUGUUUUCGAAAGCUGCUGAAGUAAUGAAAUAUAGUGAAUCUGCACCUUAUUCAGCAGCACUACGAGGUAUGUUGACAGUAUGCCCCUUAUGUGGACAUGGUGGACACAGCGAACAUAUGGUGGUUUGGUUCAAGGAAAAUAAUUGCUGUGUAUACGGUUGCGGAUGCGAUUGUAAAUCGGCUUGUUUUUAG